AUGGGCGGACGAGACAGGAUGGGCCGUAUGGGAGACAUGGGAGGCCCUGAAAAGACAGACAGUGAUGACUGGAGGGCACGGCCCACUGCAGACGCCGACGAUGGACCCCCAAAGAGAGAGGAAUCCGCCUUCGGUAAGAGUGUUUCCCUCUAAGCUAAAAGAGCCACAGAUCUAUAGACUAUAUGUAUGCACUCAGCAAGCACACAUCCCUUCUUUUAAAGCACCCUGCUAAAACCUCUUUCUUAAUGUCCUUUUGUCUCAAAGCUCUAUGCUACACUAUUUAUCUGAAAUGUCAAGCAGGCAUGGGUAUGUUUUAUGCUGUCCACAUAGUUCCAGUUAUCUUGCAACUGUGUGACCAGAACCACAUCCUUUGACAUUUCUUCUUAAUAAUGCUUGGAUCUCAAGAGACUUUUACUUGAUUUGUAUCCCUUUCAUAAUUCCAUUAACUCUUUCGUGCCCUCUCAGGGUCACGCGACCGCUACGGAGACCGUGACGGGCCUCGAAGGGAAAACGACCGCGGCUUUGGUGGCGACCGGGACCGCGGCUUCGGUGGCGACCGGGACAGUGGCCGGGACCGCGGCAGAGACCGCUAUGACGACCGGGGAGGUGAGAGCGGAGGUGAAACUACUGCUCAAAACUUAACGUAUCGUCAUCAAUCUAGACUGCUGUAUUUACUUUGUUAUCCAAAUCCCCAACGCCUCCUGUAUGAUUAUGAAUAUUAAGUAGGGUUGGGCGAUAUUAUGAUAGUAUCGGAUAUCGAAGAUGAUUGACAGCCAUCGUCGAUGGUGACAACAUGAUGCGACAGACGAUGUAUAGCCUAUUUCAACUUGACUGGCACCACACAGUAAAGUGCAAAUGUCCAGUCAGAUGUAUUUAUUUUUCUCAACGUCGGAUGACCUGGGCCAUAUGGCCUACCCCUUUUUUAAUUUUUUAUAUCUGAGACUCCGGUAUUUAAUAAUUUCAAAAGCCACAUUUUUGUAUUUUCUUUCCAUUUGAUGUGAAUAUGACGUCAGUGUUUAUGCAUGCUGGCUUUCUUCCUCUGCCUUCCACCAUUCUAGUUAAUGACAGGGUUCACACAAGGUGCUUAAAGUACUUGAAUUUGGCACUCUGAAAUUCAAGUACUGGAAUACCUUAAAUCAGACAUUUUCUCAAGUUGGUACUUGAAAAGUACUUGAAUUAAAAUUAGGAGAACAGAUAAUGACUCAGGAAACAGCAGAGGGUGCACUCCCCCCUAUCCACAUUGACGGGACCGCAGUGGAGAAGGUGAAAAGUUUCAAGUUCCUUGGCGUACACCACUGGCAAACUGAAAUGGUCCACCCACGCAGACAGUGUGGUGAAGAAAGCGCAACAGAGCCUCUUCAACCUCAGGAGGCUGAAGAAAUUUGGCUUGGCACCUAAAAUCCUCACAAACUUUUACAGAUGCACAAUUGAGAGCAUCCUGUCGGGCUGUAUCAGCACCUGGUAUGGCAACUGCACCGCUAGCAACCGCAGGGCUCUCCAGAGGGUGGUGCGGUCUGCCGAAGGCAUUACCGGGGGCAAACUACCCACCCUCCAGGACACCUACAGCACCCGAUGUCACAGGAAGGCCAAAAAGAUCAUCAAGGACAUCAACCACCCGAGCCACUGCCUGUUCACCCCGCUAUCAUCCAGAAGGCGAGGUCACUACAAAGCUGGGACCGAGAAUUAAAAACAGCUUCUAUCUCAAGGCCAUCAGACUGUUAAAUAGCCAUCACGAGCACAUUAGAGGCUGCUGCUGCCUAUUGAAAUCACUGGCCACUUUAAGAAAUGGAACACUAGUCACUUUAAUAAUGUUUACAUAUCUUGCAUUACUCAUCUCGUGUGUAUAAAAUGUAUUCUAUAAUAUUCUACUGUAUCUUAGUCCAUGCCGCUCUGUCAUUGCUUGUCCAUAUAUGUAUGUAUUCUUAAAUUCCAUUCCUUACUUAGAUUUGUGUGUAUUGGGUAUAUGUUGUGAAAAUGUUAGAUAUUACUUGUUAGAUAUUACUGCACUGUCGGAGCUAGAAGCACAAGAAUUUCGCUACACCCGCAAUAACAUCUGCUAAACAUGUCUAUGUGACAAAAAACAUUUGAUUUGAUUUAAUGUUCAAAUAUUUUUAUGAAAAAUAUUAGAAAAAUGUAUUGGUCUCAAUUAAUUUCCAGGCAGACUACAGAGUUUUAUUUCCUCACGUGUUUUGCGCUGUGCUUGCCAGGCGAGCUCGCUCAUUCCACCGACAUUGCCACUCAGCCAGGCAGGUAUAGAACUGACUUUGGAACCGCCAAAUAUCACAUCCAUAGCUAAGAUGCCGGGCAAAUGUAGAUUCAAUUUUGCCUUUUGUGCGUCUGGAACAUUUCUGCUAUCUUUUAUUUCAGCUCAUGAAACAUGGGACUGACACUUUACAUGUUGCGUUUUUAUAUUUUUGUUCGGUAUAGUUUACCCACUACAUCACUGGACCCAACCCACACCGUGUAAGGUGGAAAAAUGUGUCAGCAUGGGUGAAUCUGCCCUGAAGAGCCACAUGAAGGGGCUCAUGUAUGUAGUUAAUAAGUAGUGAAACAACGUAUUAUUGAGUAGAACUUGUAAGGUAGUGAUGAAUACUAAGUUUGUUUUUUCAUGAGGUUUUUUUGCGAUAUACUGCCAUCUGGUGGCGACUAGAAACAAUUGCAUAUAUACUAUAUAUACUAUUACAAAUUGAUGGUCCUUGAAAAUGAAUAUUAGUGUUUGAAAAAGUACUUGAAAGUCCUUGAAUUUGACUUGCCACUGUCUGUAUGAACCCUGUCAUGAUUAAGUAAUUUAUCUAAGAGUUCAAGAAGUUUUAACUUGUUUUUGAAUAACCUAAAAACAUGAUAGGCCUAAGGAAAUAAUGAGGUAAAACAAACAAUAGCAAGAUAAAAAAAAUCUAAUGAGUAGUUUGAACACACCUUAAGCAAAGCUUAGUCUAAAGGAAAUAAUGCAUGCAUCCCUUCUUGCCGUUGCGAACCAAACUGCCAAAAGCAAAAUUAAAAUAGCCUAUCAAAAGCAUGAAGACAAGUUGAAGUUAUGAAGUGUUUCCCAAAUAGGCUAUUCUAAUAGCGUUUAAUGUCCUAAAGUUGCAGCUUUCAAAUGGUAACAGUUGAGACAGUCGGAGACUAGGCGAUUCUCUCUCAGCUUUAUUUUGAAUGACCAAAAUUCAAUUAAACAAGAAGUGAAAUUGAGCAAACAAUAUCAAAAUGGGAAAAGCAAAUGCGAAGUCUAAACAUUCUCUGAGGAUGAUAAUUCCUCAGUGCAGGAACAAUAUACUGAGGAAAGAGCCUCAUUCUGGUCCGCACUCUUUUUUUGUGUGCUCUGCAGUGUUUUUUACAGGCCAUCUAAUAAUUUGGUCAGGUAAAAAUGUCAACUUGCAUUUCACGAUCUGAGAUAAUGGUAGGCAAUGUUUUAGGCCUUAAAUUAGAGCGACUACUUUUUCAUGGUUUUAGUUAAAUUUCUAAGCAUUAACUGAACUAAGAGCCGUUUGGGAGCCAAAUUAACGUAUCUUUUUAGGUGAUUGGAGCCAAAUGAGGCCGCUCACAGAAAAGACUCGGAAUGCCCAUCACUAGCAGUUGAUAUAACUAUCUUGUGGGUUGCCAAAUACUUCCCCCAGAACUUCUCAAUUAAAUAUUAACUGCAAAGUAGGCUUACCUGGCAGAAGUACAGUUGAAGUUGGAAGUUUACAUACACUUAGGUCGGAGACAUUAAAACUCAUUUUUCAACCACUCCACAAAUGUCUUGUUAACAAACUAUAGAUUUGGUAAGUCGGUUAGGACAUCUACAUUGUGCAUGACGCAAGUAAUUUUUCCAACAAUUGUUUACGGACAGAUUAUUUCACUUAUAAUUCACUGUAUCACAUUUCCGGUGGGUCAGAAGUUUACAUACACUAAGUUGACUGUGCCUUUAAACAGCUCGGAAAAUUCCAGAAAAUGAUGUCAUGGCUUUAGAAGCUUCUGAUAGGCUAAUUGACAUAAUUUGAGUCAAUUGGAGGUCUACCUGUUGAUGUAUUUCAAGGCCAACUUCAAACUCAGUGCCUCUUUGCUUGACAUCAUGGGAAAAUCAAGAUCAGAAAUAAAUGUGUAGACCACCACAAGUCUGGUUCAUCCUUGGGAGCAAUUUCCAAAUGCCUGAAGGUACCACGUUCAUCUGUACAAACAAUAGUACGCAAGUAUAAACACCAUGGGACCACACAGCCGUCAUACCGCUCAGGAAGGAGACGCGUUCUGUCUCCUAGAGAUGAAUGUACAUUGGUGCGAAAAGUGCAAAUCAAUCCCAGAACAACAGCAAAGGACCUUGUGAAGAUGCUGGAGGAAACCGGUACAAAAGUAUCUAUAUCCACAGUAAAACAAGUCCUAUAUCGACAUAAUCUGAAAGGCUGCUCAGCAAGGAAGAAGCCACUGCUCCAAAUCCGCCAUAAAAAAGCAAGACUACAGUUUGCAACUGCACAUGGGGACAAAGAUCAUACUUUUUGGAGAAAUGUCCUCUGGUCUGAUGAAACAAAAAUAGAACUGUUUGGCCAUAAUGACCAUCGUUAGGAGGAAAAAGGGGGCUGCUUGCAAGUUGAAGAACACCAUCCCAACCGUGAAGCACGGGGGUGGCAGCAUCAUGCUGUGGGAGUGCUUUGCUACAGGAGGGACUGGUGCACUUCCAUAGCUCGCAACUGCAGUAAAUCAGAUGUCGUUGACCCUGCCACAAUGUGCGAUUCAUGUGCUCCAGUUUUUGGACCUAAAGAUAAUGAAAAAUAGUCCAACGCGUGAAUUGUGCCAGUAUCAUUCUCCAAACUCGUACUGUGGGUGCUUGGCAUUAGUCAAGUCUUUUUUUUCAUCCUGACACCUUGCAGAGGGGCAAAGUUUAGAUCCUGCAGUUGCAUUGAUCUGACUGCGGUUGCUCGUUCUAAAAUCUAGCAGUUUCUUAAAUACGGCAGCUCCAUUUUUUUGUUCUGUGAACAGCUUUUAAAGCAGCCAUCAUGUGUAUUUGUGUGCCUUCAUGAGAUAAAUAUACAGUACCAGUCAAAAGUUUGGACACCUACUCAUUCAAGGGUUUUUCUUUGUUUUUACUAUUUUUUACAUUGUAGAAUAAUAGUGAAGACAUCAAAACUAGUUCAGUCGCAAAAACCAUCGAGCUAUGAUGAAACUGCCUCUCAUGAGGACCGGCACAGGAAUGGAAGACCCAGAGUUACCUCUGCUGCAGAGGAUAAGUUCAUUAGUUACCAGCCUCAGAAAUUGCAGCCCAAAUAAAUGCUUUACAGAGUUCAAGGUACAGACACAUCUCAACAUCAACUAUUCAGAGGGGACUGUGUGAAUCAGGCCUUCAUGGUCGAAUUGCUGCAAAGAAACCACUACUAAAGGACACCAAUAAUAAGAAGAGACCUGCUUGGGUAAAAAAAAAAACGAGUAAUGGACAUUAGACCAGUGGAAAUCUGUCCUUUGGUCUGGAGUCCAAAUUUGAAAUGUUGUGUUCCAACCGCCGUAUCAUUGUGAGACGCAGCGUAGGUGAACGGAUAUCCGCAUGUGUAGUUCCCACCGUAAAGCAUGGAGGAGGAAGUGUUAUGGCGUGGGGGUGCUUUGCUGGUGACACUGUCAGUGAUUUAUUUAGAAUUCAAGGCACACUUAACCAGCAUGGCUACUACAGCAUUUUACAGCAAUUCGCCAUCCCAUCUGGUUUGUGCUUAGUGGGAUUAUCAUUUUUCUUUUCAACAGGACAAUGACCCAACACACCUCCAGGCUGUGUAAGGGCUAUUUUACCAAGAAGGAGAGUGAUGGAGUGCUGCAUCAGAUGACUUGGCAUCCACAAUCCCCCGACCUCAACCCAAUUGAGAUGGUUUGGGAUGAGUCGGACGGCAGAGUGAAGGAAAAGCAGCCAACAAGUGCUCAGCAUAUGUGGGAACUCCUUCAAGACUGUUGGAAAACGCAUUCCAGGUGAAGCUGGUUAAUAGAACGCCAAGAGUGUGCAAAGCUGUCAUCAAGGCAAAGGGUGGCUAUUUGAAAAAUCUCAAAUAUAAAAUAAAUGUUGAGUUGUUUAACACUUUUUGGUUACAACACUAUUAUUCUACAAUGUAGAAAAUAGUAAAAAUAAAGAAAAACCCUGGAAUGAGUAAGUGUGUCCAAACUUACUGUAUCUCAUAUUUCAGUCGCUUUAUCAAUACCGCUGUCUAAGUCUUGGCGCUUGUACUCCCUCUACUCUACCACAGCCUUUGGCUCCCGCAGGGAUAGGGAUGACGGCGGGCGGCGUGCCUUUGGCAGUGGGUACCGCCGUGACGAUGACUAUCAGAGUGGCGGGGGUGGUGGUAGCCGCUACGGGGACCGGGAUCGCUACGGUGGGGACCGGGAGGACCGGUACGAGAGGCAGGACGAAGGGAGUGAGGAGAGACGUGAGGGUAAACUACCCUCAAAUUGUGCUCAAUAUUUUAUUUAUUAUUAUUAUUAUUCUGUAUAUUAUUCAACCACGUAACCACAUGUCCAUCCUGCUACCCCCCACUGACACCACCCUUCCCUCAGGUCCCCUGCCUAGAUCCCCUUUAAAUAAUUAGUGUUAUAUUCCAGCACAAUAUGAUCAGGUCUCCCUUGGAGAUGUAUCCAAGGUUCAAAUAAAGGUUAAAUAUAGACAAAAUGUCAACCCUGUAACCCCCCACCCCCCCCCCCCCCCCAACCAGGUGGUCCCACCGAGAGGCCCAAGCUGGUCCUGAAGCCUCGCAGCAUGCCUAAGGAGGUGGAGCAGGCCGGUGGUGGUGGGGCUCCCCCAGCUGCUCCGGCAGCCGCCCGCAGCUCUGGUCGAGCCUCCAUCUUCGGAGGGGCCAAACCCGUGGACACAGCGGCUAAGGAGCGGGAGGUGGAGGAGAAGCUCCAGAGGCAGCUGGAAGAGGACAAGUCCAGGGGCUUUGAAAGGAAACCCCGCGACAGAGACAGGUGAGGUGUUGGGUGUAUAGCAGGAAGCGGCAGAGCUGACUUGAGCAUGGGUCUGGCAGAAUUCUUGAGUAAUGUUAUGGUAAGCAAAACACUAUGCAAGGGCAAACCUGGUGCAACAUAAACAGCAUGGCAAUUGGCACUAAAACUCAGAUUAUGUGCCCGUAUCUGUCUGUUUUCAGCUCUAAAUUAUAAAUUUGCGCAGCGGUCUAAGGCACUGCAUCUCAGUGCUAGAGGCGUCACUGCAGACCCUGGUUAGAUUCCAGGCUGUAUCACAACUGGCCGUGAUUGGGAGUCCCAUAGGGAGGCGCACAAUUGGCCCAGUGUCAUCAGGAUUUGGCCGGGGUAGGCCAUCAUUGUAAAUAAGAAUUUGUUCAUAACUGACUCGCCUAGUCAAUGCUAGAACUAACAUGCUGACCACACCGGCCGCGUUGCAACCAAAAUAAAUUGACACAUACAUUAUUUUCAAUAAUUUCAUCCAAACUUCUUGACUGUCUGCGUAGCCAGGCGAUAAAAUAGAACUUGGUUCUAUUUUUGACGCUUGAAGUGCUGCAAGUCCCGCCUCUCCUCAUUGGUUUUUAGGAGCAUAUACCCACGUGGGUGAUUGAAAGAUGAACAUCCAGUUGGUGCCGGUAAUGCACCUUAAAGUUGGUUGCCAACCGCCAUAUAAAGUCAAAGACGACUGAAGGAGGAGAGAUUACUAGAAACUAACUAGGUUUCCCCUUAUCUGUGGAUUAAUUGGCGGAGUAGAGAACACACGAUUUUGUGACCUAAAAUAGGUCAAAAUUCUACAAAGAUCCAGGAAAAAAAGGACCUUGUGCAUUUCAGGUAAAAUAACAACCCAAUGUUUAUAUCUCAGGACAAAUUAGCUAGCAACAGCAAGCUAGCUAGUUAAAUAUACCAUAAUAAUAAUAUACCAUUUAGUAGAUGCUUUUAUCCAAAGCGACUUACAGUCAUGUGUGCAUACAUUUUUACGUAUGGGUGGUCCCUGGAAUCGAACCCACUACCCUGGCGUUACAAGAGCCGUGCUCUACCAAUUGAGCUACAGAGGAUCAUGAAUGUUUGAUGUGUUUUGACCUGUCACCAAAUUAAUAUAGUUGGUUCAGAGUUAGUUUUGAUAUUUCAACAUGCGUGUCUAGAUUGCGUCUGGUGUGGAUGGACAAAAUCAACAUGCGCACAUGGACGCGCGUGACUGGUCUAGUCAGCAUGUAAUUGAUAUUAUGCAUAUCGUCUUAAAGUAUUUACUCAAAACCUUUCUCUUCUGUCCUCAGGGACCCAAGCUGGAGGAAUGAGGAGCCACCUUCUGAGCGGUCCCGCACAGGAAGUGAGUCAUCACAGCCAGGAAGUACAUCUGGAGGGAGAGGUGAGGGUCAACCUUAUUUAGCUGCUUCUUCUGAGUUCAAUCCGGUUCUCUUUGUGGGCUCUUUGCUUGUGGUUUAAGCACCCUUACAUGAUCAGCUUUUAAGUUUAAACCACAAUAUUCAAUGUAUUGUCACGGUAGAUAUUUGUUUUCUGUCAGUUAUCAGACUAGUGGCCACUCUUUUUCAGCAUUAUUUCAGGGAAUGCAUAUCUAUAAUAUAUACAUUCCAGUGGAGGCUGCUGAGGGGAGGACAGCUCAUAAUCAUGUCUAGAAAGGCGCAAAUGGAAUGGAAACCAUGUGUUUGAUGUAUUUAAUACCGUUCCAUCUUUUCCGCUCCAGCCAUUACCACGAGCCCGUCCUUCCCAAUUAAGGUUCCACCAGCUUCCUGUGAUACAUUGGGGUCCGAAAUGAUUGACACCCUUGAUAAAGAUGAGCAAAAAUCACUGUAUAAAAUAAAUAGUUCAAAUACUGAGCUAUACUAAAAAAAAAUGCAACGUGAAUGGUCUAAUAUCUAGGGCCGGGACAAUACCACUAUCGAAAUACUCAUUAGUAUCGUGGUAAGUAUGGUUGGGCCGAUGUAUGACUAAAUCAAAUAUCAUGAGAAAAGUGCAAGACUAUACUCUACUUGAAUUUUACAAAUCAAAACUGUGCAGUUUUAUCAGUUGGGCUGUAUCAAUAUGUUGAAAAUUAAGUCUAAAUGAAUUAAGCCUUAUUUGAUUGCCACAGAGAUUAUUUAAUGAGAAUGUGACUAUAAUAUUGUUAAUAAGCACAAAAAUGGCACAGUCUGAAAUAAUUUAGUCAUUAACGGCGCAAAAAUGAUUAUAUCGGUUAUCGCAAUAUUUGGAGUAGCAUAUCGUAGAAGAGGUCUCCCCAAAUAUUGCCCAACCCUAGUGGCAAGGAAACAAAACAUGAAGCGGAUGUAACUUAUUUAGGAAAACAGCCCUAAUGCUGGAAACAAACAAUUGUCUUGUCAUCGAGUCAUAUUUUAUUUAUUUUCCAAGGUGUUUGGUCUGCUUUGUGUUGUCAUUUUUGGCAUGGAAAAAAUAUUGUGAUACUGGUAUUAGAGGUUUACACUGGUCCAAAAAGUUGGACCCGUUCCGAAAUGGACCUGGGGCUUUCCCACCCGGAUCCGAUAUGCAUAAUUAUAUAUUUUUUCAUAUAGAGACCCGUUCCGAUUGGACCCGAGAACAACUAAACCUGUUCCGUAUAGACCUGGUCGGAUCCUGAACCAGAAAUCAUUUUUUAAGCUACUUUAUUAACCGGAGUUGAUAAAGCGCAAGAGGAGAGGUGCCCCUCUAGCAGGAGGGGGGAGGGGCUGUACUGUGAGCGAGUGACACGGAGGAGGGAGGGAGUGAGGGACAGAAGAGAAACGGCAACCAACCAAGCAGACUUGCGCUUUAGAAGACUAAUAGCUGCCUUAGGUAGGUUAUUUAUUAUCAAAUAUGAUUACGAAGUACCUGUCUCGACUGCAUCAAACCAGGAGAAGCUAAUUAAACUAGCUAAUGUUAGCUAGUUAGGCUAAUUGAGGCUGCAUUGCAUGCGCUUUCUCAUCCUACAAUUACAAAUAACUCCAUUCAGAAUAUUAGUGCCUUCAGAAAGUAUUCAUACCCCUUCACUUAUUACACAUUUUGUUGUUACAGCUUGAAUUCAAAAUUAUUUAAAUAUAUUUUUGUCAGCUUUUUUAAAUAAUUAUUUUCCAUGAAGCAAUUAGGUCCCCUUCUUUGUGAGGCAUUGGAAAAUCUUCCUGGUCUUGGCGGUUGAAUCUGUUUGAAAUUCACUGCUCAUCUGAGGGACCUUACAGAUAAUUGUAUGUGUGGGGUACAGAGAUAGUCAGUCAUACCCAAAAAAAAAUGUAAACACUAUUAUUGCACACAGUGAUUCCAUGCAACUUUUGUGACUUGUUAAGCACAUUUUUACACCUCAACUUAUUUAGGCUUGCCAUAACAAAGGAGUUGAAUACUUAUUGACUCAAGACAUUUCAGCUUUUCAUUUUUAAUUAACACCACUUUGACAAUAUGGGGUAUUGUGUGUAGGCUAGUGACCAAAAAUCUAAAUUUAAUAUUUUAAAUUCAUGCUUUAACACAACAAAUUGUGGAAAAAGUAAAGGUGAGUACCGUAUUUUCCGCACUAUAAGGCGCACCGGAGUAUAAGCCGCAGCAGCUAAAUUGAAUGAUGUGUACAUAUAUAAGCCGCACUGGACUAUAAGCCGCAGGUGUUUUAAUGUUUAAUACCUAGGAGGUCUUCUAGUGGCCCGUUAGCUGUAAAAAUCAAUAGAUUAGCCGCACCGUUAUAUAAGCCGCAGGGUCGAAAAAUUUGAAAAAAGGCACGGCUUAUAGUCCGAAAAUUACGGUACUUUCUGAAGGCACUGUAAGUAGCAGCCUACCUGUUGGCUCUUGGUCGUUGUAGCCUAUCCUUGUCUAAUUUUUAUUUCUGUAAUUUUAAUUCCAUGACUAGCCUAUUGCUGCUUUGAUGACUUAUGAUUGGCCAACAAGCUACACGCGCCACGCUCCACUCGUGAAAAGCAGCAGCAUAAAUGAUCAUAUGUCUCUCUCUCGGCUGCCGCUGUCUCGUUCGGAUCUGUACGGGCCCUUCCGGACAAGUGAGUUAAAGUUACACAUACCCGAGACCUGUGACAAUCAUAUCAGCUCCGACCCAGACCCGUGACAUUUAGAAUGCCGGAUCCGGACCCGCUCGGGUCCCAGAUGGGGUCUCGGUUAUUCAGUACAAGUGAAUCCGUGAAGACCUCUAACUGGUAUCGUCACAGCCCUACGAAGAUCACUCCCAAUGUGUUCUCCAACUCAUAAAGCAUUAAGCUCUAUUGUUAUCCUCUAUUGUUAUCCUCACUAGGUGAGGUAUUGAAAAAUAGGGGUGUCAAUAAACAAAAUAUAUUUAUCUGAGCAAUUGUGUGUAUGUAUGUAUGUAUGUAUGUAUGUAUGUGUAUAUACAGGGGUGCACAUAACUUUUUCAGUGAGUUACUCAGGUGAGUACCAGCAGAUGGUGUCUGGUACUCACCCCAUAUGUAGCGUGGUCUUAAUAAGUGCAGUCUUCCUCACUGUCCUCCUCAGUGUCGCCCCCACUGUCCUCCUCAGUGUCGCCCCCACUGUCCUCCUCAGUGUCGCCCCCACUGUCCUCCUCAGUGUCGCCCCCACUGUCCUCUGCUUCAGCUUCCUGCAUGGUAGAUGAUGAAGAUGCUGCAGAUGCACCUCCCUGUCCUUGGUUGAGCCUCCGAUUAGCUGUCUCCAUCCACAGGUCAACAGCAGGCUUUGGGUCAAAUGUCUCUGUGGUCUGCUUUGACAGGUGAAUGUGCAUCAGGGCUGAGAGACGAGCAUGUGACAGGCGAGAUCUGUACUUGGUUUUUAUUAUGUUGAGAUGUGAGAAUCCCCUCUCACAAGCUGCACUGCUUAAAGGCAGUGUAAGAGACAGCUUAACCACCUUGUUGAUGUUGGAGUAAGCAUCUGGGUUACUUGUAUUUACUAUUUGGACCAAGUCAUACACAGAAGAGGCUCCCAGGCGUUUUCCUGCCUGCUUUAAGCGCAUCCAUUCUGUCACAGUGGUAUCUUUGUCAAGUUGCAAGGUGGCCUCAUAUUUCUUGAGAAUGCUGCAAACGGUUGUGUUUCCAAAACUGUGGAGGUCUUGCAUUUCCUGAGGCCAUGUUGAAGGAUCAAAUACUAGGAAAUGAUCACAUGACUUGAGGGAGUCAUAUCUGAUUUCAAACUCUUCAAUUAACCCCCUGAGUAAGUGUGUCUUGUCUCUGUCAGCAUCAGCAUUGGAAACAGUGUGUGCCCUGUGGCUUUCACCAUCAAGCAGAAGUGUGAACUGUCCAAUGGCCACCAUGAGUUCAUCCUUACAUUCUCCAAUGGUCAGCUUUUCCUUCUGAAACCUAAUGGAUGUGGUCUUCAAAAUGUUGCAAAUGUCAAGUAUGUUUGACAGAAAGCACUGAAAACGCUCUGUGCAGAUAUGCUGCAAGUCACUGUUAUCACUCGUAACCAGUUGCAUUUUAAUGGCUGGCAAUAGUCUUGAUAUUUUUAAGUGUUUCAUGCCUCCAUGCAGACCAUCUGAUAUUAUGAAACUUACCCAGUUUCACAAAGGAGAUCCCAUUUUCUUCACAUAGCUUAUUCAGUGCAGCAGUUUUUUUUGCUCCACCUUUUUGUAAAUAAAACUGCAGCAGCUUGACCACAGAGCGAUUAAAUGUCUCACAGUAAGGAACGUUGCGAUCAGCUGAUUUCGCGCAAUUCUCCAGUGUGUGUGCGGUGCACAGAAUGUGCACAAGGGAGUCUCCAACAAGUUGCCGGAGUUUUGGCACAACGCCGUUGUAGAUACCUACGUUGACAGCAGCCCCGUCUGUGCACACAGCGACCAACUUUGUUGUCCAGUCAUCCAAGCCUGUGUCCUGGAAAAGUCUCACAAGUCCGUAUGUUAUGGCCUGCGCAGUUCGAUCAGCACCCAAUUCAAUCAGUCCAAUAAAGUCCGAAGUAAACUCUCCGUUGCUGGACACAGACACAAUGUAAACGAUUUCCUGCUCAGUUUUUGUGAUGUCCUCAGAUCCAUCAAAAAGCAGCCCCCAAAAUUCAGCAGACUGCAACUUGGCUCGUAACUCCCCGCUGAUGGUGUGAGCGAUACUCUGCAUGAUCCGUGUGCCCCCUUCACGUGAAUGAUAUGCACCUCCGACAUUUACUCCUAGCCGCUUCAGUAAAGGAACAUCCUCAGAAUAGGAAGACAUGGGACGUGCGUGUUUAGCUUUAUGGAAGGCGAGGAGAAAAAUAUUAAACAGAGCUUGCCGCUGUUCUUCAUUCAGCUUGUCUCGCCAUCUGGCAAGUGGGCGACUGGACAUUUCUUCUCGGCUAGCUUGUUUAUUAGCAACGGCUUGCGCCACAUUCGUGUGCUCCUUGCUCUUUUCAUGUUUGUCAAAUAAAGGAUGGUUGAAAUUCUUUGAGCCUUUAUAAAAUGCACCUGUUUUGUCUGCUAGAUGUGGAUUUGAGCGGCAAAUCUUGCACCACAUUUCAGUGCGCUCAUCGUUAGCUUCAAGCCACUGCACAUCUUGGAGCCACUUUUCCGAAAAAAGUAUUUUCUUCGGCUCUGGCUCCAGUUGGCGUUUCUUUGUAGGUGGCGAAACGCCAAAGAAGCUGCUUAAUGUCUGUUGCUUUUUGGACAUCCCUGACAGUAGUUGACAAGCAACAUGUCAUGUGUAAGGUUAGAUGAGAAGAUCGGUCAAGUACGCAAAGGCGCGUAGUAACACAAGUGGCAUUACGCAUUCCUGAUUUCUGUCGCGCUUGUGUACCAGUUAUGUGCACCCCUGUGCAUAUAUAUAUAUAUAUAUAUAUAUAUACAUAUACAUAUACAUACAUGCAUGCAUGCAUGCAUGCAUGCAUGCAUGCAUGCAUGCAUGCAUGCAUGCAUGUAUAUAUAUAUAUAUAUAUAUAUAUAUGCAUGCAUGCAUGCUGUAUAUGGUCUUGCUUUGCACUUCUCUUCUUUAUCUGCACCAAACUAAAAAGACAGCAUCCCAUCUUCACCCCACAGCCUCACGGCGCAGAGAGAGCGAGCGCUCCGUGGAGAACGAAGUAUUCAGCGGUAAGGAGGACGACCCUCCCUCUCUCGGAGCUUGCCCCUCUUCCGCCAACUCUUCCACCUUCUCCUCCAAGGAGCCCCUCAAGGUGAUGCCUGCACCGCCACCUAAGGAGAAUGCCUGGGCCAAGCGGCCUGCGGUGAGCGCAGGGUCCAGCGAGGGACGUUCCCCUAUCUCCCCCAGUGACGCGGCACCCCACAAACUGAGGUCAGAACACGUUCUUAUACAUCUUGUAUAUUGUAUAGCAUCUCUGGAUAACGAAGUGGCCAAUUAUGUCUCGUAUUGAUGUCACAGCCAUUACCAAAAGCCUGUCUAUUUUAGUGACUGUAGCUAAGAAUAGUUUAGAAUAGUUUUGUUGCAAGCUAGUUAGUUAAACGUCUGAAUGUCCCGUCUCUCUUUUCAGCUCGAGUUCUGCAAAUGAAAGAGGAUCUGGAAAGGGUAAGACUCUGAGACCGCAAAGACCUUGUGCUUGUGUGUUAGAAGUACCUUCCAAAUAAGGAGUAAUGGAGACUUUGUCCUAAUCUAAUCCCAGAGUGGACCGACUAGGCCUUUCGGUCCUACUCUCAAACUAAGAGAUUCUGAGUGUGAUUGACACUUUUGGGUUCUAUUCACCCCCUCGCUGUUGAAUCGCUGCUGGAUUAUGAUAUUUUACAACAUCCACAGGGCUUGACAUUAACUUUUAUAGCCACUUGUCCUUUUUUUUUUUUCUUGUUCAAAAGCCCAAGUCACUUGUUUUAAAAAUAAAAAAAUAGAUUUGCAAGGAACCACUUUACAAAAUAAAAUGCUAUCUUUUUACCAUAGAGAAUCAGACAAAAAUGUAGACUGCACUCUGGCUAUUGGCUUCUUUUGCAUAUUCAAGCCUGUCUCAAAAUACAACACUGCCUCUUUUAAGGCUCUCCUGGAGAAUGGUUAGCCUGACGACUCACAUGAAAUUAUUCUGCUGCUCUGUCGUUCGCUACAUACUUUGGUCUGAGACUGCCAUCAUUGAAGUUGUUUGUGGUGACACUGACUAGGGGCGUUGUAAAAAACAAAAUCCUCAGCUAUUGGAUCGGCUCUAACCAAUCAGAAUAUCAAAGCCUAAUUUUCAAACCGCCGCUUUACCAACGUGUGUUCUGGCUCUGGCCCAACCCAUCAGUUACUGGACCAAUCAGACGGCCCUGAAUGUGUUCGCAUUCGGUGAAGGGUCGGGGAUGUACUCUGAUCCAGACUCAUUGCGAAGAAGAAAAACGUACAUGGGCGUGGCGUAGCGUUUGGCCUGAGCAAGGAGUCUGGGUGGCCAGGCAAUUGUUUGCCACGCAUGGGUUGCGUUUACACAGGCAGCCCAAUUCUGAUAUUUGUCCACUAAUUGGUCUGUUGACCAUUCACAUCAGAUCUUUUAACAUCAUAUUUUUCAGAGCUGAUCUGAUUGGUCAAAGACCAAUUGGUGAAAAAAAUCUGAUUUGGGCUACUUGUGUAAAACGCAGCGUUGGUGGCCUAUAAAAUAUUACAUUACAAUUACAACCAUAUAGUUUUUUAUGUCUUUAUAAAAUAAUUCCCUCCAGGGCUCUUAAUUAAGGGUGUCUCGUCUUCCCUGGGACGAUAAAAAAUAUGUCUACGGUUCAAAACACUCUGGGACAGUUCUGGGAGUACAGAUUCAAAAUCCAUACAACUGCUGCACAUUAAAACAUUUAAAAAGCAAUGAGGCUGAUGCAACAGAUGAGACCAUUUUCUUAAAAUGUUAGAUUUAUUUCUUCAUAUUAUAAGCUCAACAAUACACACGUUGAAUGUUCCAAAAUGCAAUUAGCGGGAAAACGCUGUUCUCAAAAGCACACCGCACACGCGAGCGGUUUCAUGUGACAGGGAUGAAAAUAUCUGCUAGAAAUUAAGAAGGGAGAAUGAGUGUGAUUGACACUUUUGGGUUCUAUUCACCCCCUCGCUGUUGAAUCACUGCUGGAUUAUGAUCUUUUAUAGCUCAGUUGGUAGAGCAUGGCGCUUGCAACGCCAGGGUUGUGAGUUCGAUUCCCACGGGGGACCAGUAUGAAAAUGUAUGCACUCACUAACUGUAAGUCGCUCUGGAUAAGCGCGUCUGCUAAAUAACUAAAAUGUAAAUGUGAAAACGCAUCAACUAGCAUGCGUUUGCGAAUAUGACUAGGAUUAUGCCUUUGGCUGCUGGAUAAUAAACUAACGUUGAUUUUUGAAAACCGAUAGAACAUGAGAAAAAUGCUGGUUUCAAUGGAAUAUUAAGUAUUUAUAAAAUAAUUCCCUCAACAUUUAUAUGGUUGUAUUUUGGCUAGGCUACUUUGAUUGAACCAAGGUAAGAUAUGCUUCAUAAAAUGACAUAAACCUCCAGUUUUAAACAAUUAAAGCUGCAAUAUGUAACUUUUUGGGUGACCCAACCAAAUUCUCAUAGAAAUGUGCGUUUAUACAUCUAUUAUUCUCAUUGACAGCCAUUUUAUGAAGUGGUAGAUUGGUUCUAUUUCUAUGCGUCCCGAUAAGUUUUGUUUUUGCGUCUUUUACUUUCGGUUUUGUACACCAGCUUCAAAAAGAUAAAUGAAAUAUUUUGGGUUAUAGAAAAUAUAUUUCACAGCGGUUUAGAUGGUACAAUGAUUCUCUACGCUUGCUUGUUUUGGUACAAACGUAAAUUAGGCGAACUAUUCAAAUUUUUGCAACCAGGAAAUGGCGGAGCGAUUUCUGCAUAUUGCACUCUUAAGUUUAUGGUUAAAUGGUUUUAAAAUGCUGACCGCCUCCGCUCAGAUUCAAGGUGGGUGAUAUGUGGUGCGCAACAGGCUCUGUUCUUCACUUUGUGGUCUUGUGACCAUUUGAUCUGAACGAACCAUGCCUCGAGUAGGCUAUGUCGACAGAAUCAAGCCUUUAGACAUUAAUGUUAAUUAUCCUAUGUUAUUAUAUUUGUAAAACAUAACUGGCGUUUAGCCUAUAGUUAUGUUAUUAAGUCUCGUUAAAGUGUGGCGACAUUUUCUGGCACCUCAUGUCAGCAUUGGUUUGGACAUGAGGCUGUAGCCAAUAUGCAUAUCACCUACACUUUAUUAUGUAGGCUUUUUUAUGUACAGUUGAAGUCGGAAGUUUACAUAGACCUUAGCCAAAUACAUUUAAACUCAGUUUUCACAAUUCCUGACAUUUAAUCCUAGUAAAGAUUCCCUGUCUUAGGUCAGUUAGGAUCACCACUUUAUUUUAAGAAUGUGAAAUGGCAGAAUAAUAGUAGCGAGUGAUUUAUUUCAGCUUUUAUUUCUUUCAUCACAUUCGCAGUGGGUCAGAAGUUUACAUACACUCAAAAAGUAUUUGGUAGCAUUGCCUUUAAAUUGUUUAACAUGGGUCAAACGUUUCGGGUAGCCUUCCACAAGCUUCCCACAAUAAAUUGGGUGAAUUUUGGCCCAUUCCUCCUGACAGAGCUGGUGUAACUGAGUCAGGUUUGUAGGCCUCCUUGCUCGAACACGCUUUUUCAGUUCUGCCCACAAAUGUUCUAUAGGAUUGAGGUCAGGGCUUUGAGAUGGCCACUCCAAUAUCUUGACUUUGUUGUCCUUAAGCCAUUUUGCCACAACUUUGGAAGUACAGUUGAAGUCAGAAGUUUACAUACACUUAGGUUGGAGUCAUUAACUUGUUUUUCAACCACUCCACAAGUUCUUGUUAACAAACUACAGUUCUGGCAAGUCGGUUAGGACAUCUACUUUGUGCAUGACACAAGUAAUUUUUCCAACAAUUGUUUACAGACAGAUUAUUUCACUUUUAUAAUUCAAUGUAUCACAAUUCCAGUGGGUCAGAAGUUUACAUACACUAAGUUGACUGUGCCUUUAAACAGCUUGGAAAAUUCCAGAAAAUGAUGUCAUGUCUUUAGAAGAUUCUGAUAGGCUAAUUGACAUCAUUUGAGUCAAUUGGAGGUGUACCUGUGGAUGUAUUUCAAGGCCUACCUUCAAACUCAGUGCCUCUUUGCUUGACAUCAUGGGAAAAUUAAAAGAAAUCAGCCAAGACCUCAGAAAAAAUUGUAGACCUCCACAAGUCUGGUUCUUCCUUGGGAGCAAUUUCCAAAUGCCUGAAGGUACCACGUUCAUCUGUACAAACAAUAGUACGCAAGUAUAAACACCAUGGGACCACGCAGCUGUCAUACCGCUCAGGAAGGAGAAGCGUUCGGUCUCCUAGAGAUGAACGUACUUUGGUGCGAAAAGUGCAAAUCAAUCCCAGAACAACAGCAAAGGACCUUGUGAAGAUGCUGGAGGAAACAGGUACAAAAGUAUCUAUAUCCACAGUAAAACGAGUCCUAUAUCGACAUAACCUGAAAGGCUGCUCAGCAAGGAAGAAGCUACUGCUCCAAAACCACAAUAAAAAAGCCAGACUACGGUUUGCAACUGCACAUGGGGACAAAGAUCGUACUUUUUGGAGAAAUGUCCUCUGGUCUGAUGUCCAUUUGGAAGACCCAUUUGCGACCAAGAUUAAAAUUCCUGACUGAUGUCUUGAGAUAUUGCUUCAAUAUAUCCAAAUAAUUUUCCUUCAUCAUGAUGCCAUCUAUUUUGUGAAGUGCACCAGUCCCUCCUGCAGCAAAGCACCCCCACAGCAUGAUGCUGCCACCCCCGUGCUUCACGGUUGGGAUGGUGUUCUUCGGCUUGCAAGCGUUCCCCUUUUUCCUCCAAACAUAACGAUGGUCAUUAUGGCCAAACAGUUCUAUUUUUGUUUCAUCAGACCAGAGGACAUUUCUCCAAAAAGUACGAUCUUUGUCCGCAUGUGCAGUUGCAAACCGUAGUCGUCUGGCUUUUUUAUGGCGGUUUUGGAGCAGUGGCUUCUUCCUUGCUGAGCGGCCUUUCAGGUUAUGUCGAUAUAGGACUCUGUGGAUAUAGAUACUUUUGUACCUGUUUCCUCCAGCAUCUUCACAGGGUCCUUUGCUGUUGUUCUGGGAUUGAUUUGCACUUUUCGCACCAAAGUACGUUAAUCUCUAGGAGACAGAACGCGUCUCCUUCCUGACCGGUAUGACAGCUGCGUGGUCCCAUGGUGUUUAUACUUGCGUACUAUUGUUUGUACAGAUGAACGUGGUACCUUCAGGCAUUUGGAAAUUGCUCCCAAUGAUGAACCAGACUUGUGGAGGUCUACAAUUUUAUUUCUGAGGUCUUGGCUGAUUUCUUUAGAUUUUCCCAUGAUGUCAAGCAAAGAGGCACUAAGUUUGAAGGUAGGCCUUGAAAUACAUCCACAGGUACACCUCCAAUUGACACAAAUGAUGUCAAUUAGCCUAUCAGAAGCAUCUAAAGCCAUGAAAUCAUUUCCUGGAAUUUUCCAAGCUGUUUAAAGGCACAGUCAACUUAGUGUAUGUAAACUUCUGACCCACCGGAAUUGUGAUACAGUGAAUUAUAAGUGAAAUAAUCUGUCUAUAAACAAUUUUUUGAAAAAUUACUUUUCAUGCACAAAGUAGAUAUCCUAACCGACUUGCCAAAACUAUAGUUUGUUAACAAGAAAUUUGUGGAGUGGUUGAAAAACGAGUUUCAAUGACUCCAACCUAAGUGUAUGUAAACUUCCUACUUCAACUGUAUGUACAUUAACAAUAGAUUUGAGUAUUAUUCCAAUGUUGGCCUCUCUGAUUAUGAUCCAUUUCUGAUCUAAGUAAUUGUUUGAUUUUGGCAUUUUCUUUACUUGUCCAUUCAGACAACUUAAAUCUAUAUUCUUCUUGUCAGGCAUUUUUAUUAAACUUGUCCCGGACAAGAGGACAAGCGUUAAUGUCGAGCCCUGAUCACGUUCCAAUUCUAAAAUAUACUGAACAAAAAUAUAAAUGCAGCAUGCAACAAUUUCAGAUAUUGUUUUUUCAUAUAUAUAUAUAUAUAUUUAUUUGUUUCUUUCUGAGUUACAGUUCAUAUAAGGAAAUCAGUCAAUUGAAAUAAAUUCAUUAGGCCCUAAUCUAUGGAUCUCACAUGACUGGGCAGGGGCUGAACCAUGGGUGGGCUUGGGAGGGCAUAGGCCCACCCACUAGGGAGCCAGGCCCAACCACAAAAGGGCUUUAUUAGACAGAAAUACUCCUCAGCAACGUCCCCUUCAGAUCCCAGUAAGACUUGCUGUCGCCAUUGGUGUUGGCUAUUGGGGAUCCUAAUAAAUCAAAUCAAAAUCCCUCCCCUCAGACGAUCCCGAAGGUGAAGAAGCCGGAUGUGGAGGUCCUGGGCUGGCGUGGUUGUGAGGCCGGUUGGACUGCCAAAUUCUCUAAAACGGUGUUGGUGGCUUAUGGUAGAGAAAUGAACAUUCAAUUCUCUGGCAACAGCUCUGGUGGACAUUCCUGUAGUCAGCAUGACAAUUGCACUCCCUCAACUUGAGACAUCUGUGGCAUUCUGUUCUGUGACAAAACGGCACAUUUUAGUGGCCUUUUAUUGUCCCCAGCACAAGGUUCACCUGUGUAAUGACAUGCUGUUUAAUCAGCUUCUUGAUAUGCCACACCUGUCAGUUGGAUGGAUUAUCUUGGCAAAGGAGAAAUGCUCACUAACUGGGAUGUAAAGAAAUGCGUGCACAAAAUUUGAACACUAAGCUUUUUGUGCGUAUAGAACAUUUCUGGGAUUUCUUUUAUUUAACCUCAUGAAACAUGGGACCAACACUUUACAUUUAUAUUUUGGUAUAAAUUGUUGAUUAUUUCCCCUUCUAGCUCUUCUACCCUUCUAGGGUUUGGUCAUUAGCUAAAGCAGAGGAUAUGGGAGUGAAUGGGUGGAUUGGGACGAGGAGGCCACAUCUUGACUAAAAUGGAUUGAAGUGUAGCACUGCCCAAUUCUGGUCCUGGAUAAUCUCUCCUGUUGUUUCUCUUGCCUGGUUUCAUUGGCUAGCUGGUCUGGAGUGUUGACAAAAAGCAAUGUGGAAGCUCGCCCACCAGUACUUCACUCACACACAAUAAUUUCAAAUGAAUGAGGAUGAUGAGGUAGGACAACUGAAGCAACUUUGAAGAAUUGCAAUCAAACUCUAAUUUACUUAAUUGUCAGUUGACACAACCCAGGAAAGAGGAGAAGGCAGGAACAAAACUGGGCAGCCCUGGUGUAAAGCAAAAGUGGGGAACGCUUGGUCCUGUAGGGGUGCAGUGUCUGCUAGUUCCCAGGGCAGUAUUUAAAAGGCACCAAACGACCUGAAUCCAGUAUUAAUAACACUCCUUUCCGUAAAACAUUUUGAAAGUGUUCUCUCUUGUUUGUUCUUUUUGAUCACACCCCUUGUGUUAUCAAGCUGUUGACAGAUUUUUCCAUGAAUAUGACAGUAACUCCUGGAAAAUGAGGUAAGAUGAGUACCUAUUUAAUGACUCUGGUUUAUUAAUCAGGUGAAGGUUGUCAGUCAGUAAAAGCAGCAGACCCUGCGGCUAGUAAGGAAAAUGGGUUCCCCAGGCCCAGGUUGUAUUCAAGAUUACAAAGGUUUGAAGUGUGAAACUCCCAUUCGACACUAGAUUUUUUGCAUAGCUGCGCAAACGUAAUGAUCUUGAACGCAACCUGGGCCGUAGGCUGUGUGGAAUGCUGUUGUAGCCUUUAGUGGAGUUCCAGCCACCCAAACCCCUCCCUCAAUCCUCACUGUUUGGGCUCUCCCUUCCAGACGAGAAUAAAGUGGACGGUGUGCGUCUGGACCGGGGCCCCCCACGGGGGAGAGGGGGGGCCGCGGGGCCUGGAGCAGGGCGGGGCCGAGGAGAGGGGGCCAACAGAAACCGACGAAGGGAGGAAGACAGGUCAGCCCAAAACGAGUGGCAUUAGUGGAAUAGGCAGGGUAUUGCAGCCAGGGAACCUCUAAAGGUUGGUUUAUGGUUGACGCGUCAACCGCUUUUGGGAAUGAAGAAAGUUAAAAACAAUGCAAUUGCUACCCUUAUCCGUCAAAUCAAAGGUCACCAAAUGCUUGCUAGCUAAGUGGAAGCGCCUUCACCAGGGCCCAAUGCUGUCUUCAGUGAGGAGAUUGCAGAUGCAACCGCCAAUUCCUCGACUCUUGGCUCCCCCGAAGGUGACUGCUUAGCAUGAGACAAGAAGCAAGGGCUAGCUUGCCUCCACGACAACAGCACAACAUGAUAAUUUGGAAGUUUUGAACAUCAUGUUAUCAUGACUGUAUUAUGUAAAUAUUAAUGAUAAAAUAACUAAAUAAUAAUUACCCGCUUCCAAGGGUUGUAGUUCCUUGUUAUGGUAACAGUAAAACCUGAACUGAAUGGUUUUGGGGAAUAAAAUUAACACUUAUAUAUUUGUACAAGACUUUGUUUAGCUAGCUAAUUCAAGCGUGGGACUCCACGAACAGUAAGCGCAUUUUAUGCGUCUUACACUCCAGAACAGUAGCUAGCGGUAUAUACCAGUUGUCAGUGUAAAUUUAAGAAAACUUAAAAAGAAAAGAUGCUGACAGUGAGGAUAGCAAGCUAGCAAACUAGUUUUGACUAACUAGCCAGAAAGCUAGCUAUUGUAGCAUCUAGCUCACUUGUUAGCUUGCCAGCAACACUCAAAAUUCUUGCUAGCUUGUUGGCUAGCCAUGCAAAUAAUAAUUAUGAUUAGAAAUAUUUCACUAGUAUUUCCUUGCAAGUAGCCUAACUUGGCGAACCAACAUUUCUUUGGUUAUAGUACUGGCUGAUUUCGCUUUGGUUUUCCUCAUGUAAAAAAAAUCCCACUGGAAACGUUAUUUGUGUCUUAGAGGCGUGCGUUCAUGUGGGUGUUGUCUUGCAUGUGUCGUCGAAAGUGGAAACGAUUUUUGUUUUAGUAUUUUUUUUUGUCACAGUUCCUAUUUUAAACUGGAUGGCGCUGGUUAAGGCUGCAUACGUUCCUAUGGUGUUUUCACACGUUGGUCAGUACCCCCAACUUAUAACAUUUGUGUUCUAGCCCCGCACAAGCACACCUGAGCUUGACUAUUAGUUGAGUAGUUAAAUAAGGAAUGCUUGUGUGGGGCUUAAACAGGUUCUCAACAUGACACAUUUCUAAGUCGAAACACUCCUGUUGGUGACUAAUUAACUAUUAGCCAGCCUUUAGAGGUUACUCGAGAGAUUGUGAGGGUGAAUACUAUUAGUCUUCUCCUGCAUAUACAGUUAUGAGUGGAUUAUAUUGGAUCAAUUAUAAUUAUUUGGUGUCCUACUGUUGAAGUGUGCUAGUGCCAGUUUGUGCGCACAGUCUCUGACCUGUAAGACUUAGCUGGACGGUGAAGUUUAACUGGGUGUUUAUUCUGUUUAUAGAAAGGAUAAAAGAAGAAGCCGAGACUCGAGACCUGCCCCAGAGCCAAAGAAAUACGAAGAGUCCCCCACCCUCGUGAGUCCUGGUGCCACAUCAAGUGGUCUUGACACACCCUAUUGUGUAUUUGGAUUUUCCCCAAAGCCUCACACACUAUUCCCCUCUCCCAUGUAAAGUUUUGAUUAUUCAGAAACUGAAACUUACCCCUGUAUCAUCUUCAGUCUUCCACUGAAACUGUCCCCAAACGGUCUUCAGUCCUUUAACCCAUUAUCCCUUCAAAUUGGCUUCAGUCCUUGGAACCGCCCUUUCAGUAUCCCUCAUCAUCGACAGCUUUUUCCCUCAAUCUUUCCUUUUUUGUUCUUCUGUCUUUUUUGGCUUUUAUUGCAAAGUCAUAUAACAGGAAAAACAUGGGUCCCACUUUAUGACAAGUGUUCUAAUAUCUAUAUACAUAAUAGUUAUGCAUACAUAUAAUGCGUAGGCGGGUACAAUGUAAUUACAGUUUAGGUGCACAUUGUGACAUAGGUCUUACGACAACUGUUAUAUCCGUUACCUGUGGUACCAUAAGUAUUUAGAACAUUUAUUGUAAAGUGGGACCAAGUGAGCAAUGUUAGGAUCUCUCAUGUUCUAUUUUGUUUUUUGUUUCAGAAUUUCAGCUCAGCCAGUAAAUACGCCGCUCUGCUAAUGGACGGAGAGCAAGGAGAUGACGCGGAGAACGGCGUGGAAUAA